AUGGAAUAUUUGAGAAAUACCAGCCUUAGUGGAUUUCACUUGUUACACUAUAUAAGUAGCAAAAAAUAUCAACGAAUUUUUUGGUCUUUCUUUCUGUUGACUGGUAUUAUCAGCGCAACGUAUGUAACGUUGCUAAACGUAGAAAACAUAUUGGAGAACCCGAUUGUGACCACCUUGGAAUCUAAUCAUCAUAGAAUUGAGAAAGUGCCAUAUGCGGCAGUGGCCAUUUGCAGUGUCAACAAAUUUAGUCGAAACGCUCUAAACGCUUUUGUAGAAGAAAUGGUCAACAAAUCCGGUUCGCAAUUCUCACAUCAACAGCUGUUGCAGAAAAUGAAAUUAUUCGGCGGCUUAUUUGAUACUGGUUCUGUGGAUUUCGAAGAAGCUGCGGCCUUUCAAAGGGAUUUUUUGGACAAAUAUAACAUCAGCAUUCAGGGAACUUUACAAAGGCUAGCGCCUCGAUGUGAGGAUCUGAUAAUAAAGUGUCGUUGGGCAGGAAAACUUCGAGAAUGCAGUGAACUUUUCCAAAAUAGCUUAACAGCGAAUGGAUACUGCUGCAUAUACAAUCAAAUUGACGAUGUAAGGGAUAUAAGCAAACUCAAGUACGUAGAAGGUGUCGGUAUUCUAAGCGGACUCACUUUACUUUUAAAUACGUCCAAAGCCGAUUUCUUUUUAACGGAUCGCAGCUUUGCCGGUUUGACAGCGCAAAUAUUCAGUUCUGGCCAAUUCCCCGACAAUUCAAUUGGCGGUCCUCUUCAGGAAAUCUUUAUACCACAGUCUAGUGCUAUUGAUGUACAAUUGAGUGUGACGGUACAAACAGCGACAAGUGAAAUGAGCAUCUACAAUAUUGAGCAAAGAAAGUGUUAUCUCUUUGGCGAAAAUGUCGCCGGAGGUGAUGAUCAAUACAGUACAGACAAAUGUUUGUCACUCUGUAAAGUUGAUGGCAUAUUACGCUUUUGUGAUUGUGUGCCGUAUUACAUACCUUUGAUUCUUAAUGAAAACAAUGUUACACACUGUACACUGGCACAUUUGGAAUGUUUGCAUCGGAAUCGAGGUUCGCGAUAA